UUAAUAAAAUUAUAAUUUCAUUUGGAGAAAUUGUAAAAAUUUCUAGCCCGGAAGUUGAAAGAAGUUUCUUUCCGUUUUAGAAGUUCCGAAAGUUUUUCAAGAGAUAUCCAUAUAUUUAGAUCUGUUAAGUAAAACUACUGAACGCUGAAAUGGCUGCAGAUCCAAACUAUCUCUGGGGAAUAUUUCAAAGAGUUGACAAAGAUAGAAGUAAUCAAAUAUCUGCUAUAGAGUUGGGACAGGCGUUAUCAAAUGGAACAUGGACCCCAUUCAACCCAGAGACUGUGAGGAUGAUGAUAGGAAUGUUUGACAGGGACAGGAGUGGAACUAUAAACUUCCAGGAGUUCCAACAACUCUGGAAAUAUGUGACGGAUUGGCAGACUACAUUUAGGAGUCAUGACAGGGACAAUUCUGGAUCUAUUGACAACCAAGAGCUUAAUGUUGCCCUUACAAGCUUUGGUUAUAGGAUGUCACCAAACUUCUGCCAAAUGUUGGUACGUAAGUUUGACAGACAAGGAAGGGGCACAAUUGCAUUUGAUGAUUUCGUCCAGUGUUGUGUAUCUCUCCAGACAUUAACAGAUGCAUUUAGGAAACAUGAUACUCAGCAAAGAGGGGUUGUCACAAUCAACUAUGAACAAUUUCUGGAAAUGGUCUUCAGUCUUUUACUGUCAACUGUUUGAUACUCUCAUUAUUGUGUACAUGGAUGAGGCCUAAUAGAGAACAAUCUAUGUGGAUUUAACAUAUGGACUUCACAUGUUAAGGAUGUUUAGCAUAUACAGGCUAUAUUUAGAGGCAACCUCUGGAAGUAUGAAUACAAUGUGUAUAUAUAAAUCCUAUUUUGUACUUCUCUGUGCACUUUUCUGAAUUAUGUACUACCACAUACUAUUUAAUGUAGGGAGGGAUUUUGCUGUAUGCAUGCACUUUCCAUUAAUUAAGUAAGUGUUAAAUAUACCAACUUUUGAGAGAUUUAUUCUAUCCCAAAACUAUACAAUGUUAACAGUAAUUAUAUCGAUGCAAUCUUAACUUCACUUUUACAAAGAGAGAAUAUUAUACGAGGAAGUGGAAUUUGUAUUAUUUGUGAAUGUAAAAUUCAAUGUAUACUGAAGAGAUCAUGAAUUCAUUGUUCUUGGAUAAACAUCAUUUUAACAAAAUGUGAAAGUUAAAAUAUUUGGAUGAAAAUAAUGUUUUCUUAGGUAAAUGUUGUUUGUAGUUGUUACAUUUAUUAUUUGCAUCAGUGAUGGAAUGGUCUUUCAACCAAUGGUGAACAAGUUCUCUGAAUUUGUGUCUUAUUUUCUGUCUUUAAAUAAAUGUAAUCAGAUCUACAUGUUUUUCGAAUAAACUGUAUUUUAAAUAUACUUUAAA